CAAGUACAAGACAUGGUCAUACAUGGUAUGUCGAUCGCGGGAAACCAAACCGGGUACAUGACUGACAUUGUGUAGAUCGCUCUGAGUCUUGGCUGUAUCUGCGAGGCGGUUGGCUACGUAGGCCGAGUGAUGCUGUGGAACAACCCAUUUGACAACGCGGGAUUCCAGAUGCAGAUUUGCUGUCUGAUCAUCGCACCGGCCUUCAUCUCGGCGGGUAUCUACCUGACGCUCAAGCACCUGGUCAUGACGUUUGGAGAAUCGUGGUCUCGCCUCCGACCUGCACACUACACAUACAUUUUCAUCGCCGGAGAUCUUCUGUCGCUGGUGCUUCAGGGCGCGGGCGGUGGCUUGGCUGCCACUGCAGACUUUGGAAGCGAGGAGCAGGACGCAGGCACCAAUGUCAUGAUUGCCGGUGUUGUGUGGCAGGUGUUUACGCUGACCAUCUUUGGCUACCUGCUCGUUGAAUACACUGUGCGCACGUACAAGCACCGCGCCGAAGUCCCCGAAGAGGCCAUGGCUCUUUGGCAGAAGAGGUCUUUCAAGGGCUUUGUCUUUGCCAUUGCCCUGUCUUUCAUCACCAUCUUUGCUCGAUGCGUCUACCGUAUUCCCGAGCUGGCGUUUGGCUGGAGAAGCGAGCUGAUGCGCAACGAGCUUGACUUCAUUAUCCUCGAGGGAGCCAUGAUUGUCACGGCCGUCGUGGCCCUGACUCUCUUCCACCCUGGAUGGUGCUUCCCUGCGGUUUCCCAGGCGAGCAGCCAGCCCAAGAUUGCCCGUGGAGGCAGUGUGUGGGACGACAAGGAGGAGGAUGUAGAGCUCGGAUCAGUGCGGGUGUAAGAUGCAGUGUGUUUGAGA